AUGAGGUACCAGCGAUACUUGGGCUUGUACUGCCUUGCCAUUGUCGUGCUCGCGUUGUGCGCAGCCGUAUCGGCACAAAACCCCGCUUCGUCGACACAGGCACCAGCGUCCACAAAUGCUCAAACAAGUGGUAGUGCAACGGCGCGUCCAUCAGGAUCCAGCUCGGCAGCACCCACAGGAUCGGCAUCCAUGAGCGGAAACAUGACGGCAUCGUCCAACUCCACCUCCAACAUGACCUCCACCAGCACAACUCCCACCACUUUCCCCAUCGCCACCGUCCCCACCACUGGAUACCUCGCAGGCACCGCGGCGGCGCCGGCCCCCGGUGGCGGAUCGGGCGCAAGUGGUAGCAGCGCCCUCGGUCCCAACGACAGUCACAUUGUCAGUGCUGCUCAGGUCCUCCGUUCGUCCGCCGCGGCCAUCUCGGCAAGCAUGCUCGCGCUGGGUGUCGGUGUCUGGGUUCUGCUCUAA